AAAGCAAGCAAGAAAAAAAUGUCAAAGGAGAAAGAACGAAGAAGCUUAGCUUAUGAUCGAAGCUUAGCCGUUUCGGGAAAUUCUAUUUGUAGAGAAAUUGCCAAAUUGGAGCCAUUGUUGAUUCAAAUGAAGAAGCUUUUCGGAGGUCCGGGAACUGUGUGUGGUCUGUUACUGAGAAUCGGACAAUGUGCUUCAGCUGCGGCUUCUAUCGGCGUUAUGGUCUCCGCGAAGGAGUUCUCUGUUCACACUGCUUUUUGCUAUUUGAUUGCAUCAAUGGGUCUUCAAUUGUUGUGGAGCUUUGGGCUAGCUUGUCUUGAUGUUUAUGCUCUCAGGGGCAAGAAAGAUCUCCAAAACCCUAUCUUGGUUAGCUUAUUCGUCGUUGGUGAUUGGGUGACUGCAAUGUUAUCUCUUGCAGCUGCAUGUUCAUCAGCAGGAGUUGUUGUCUUGUAUGAAAAAGAUAUCAAGUAUUGCAAUACUCAAAGCCAAUAUCCAUGUCUUAGGUAUGAAGUAGCUGUAGCGCUUUCUUUCGUCACUUGGAUCCAGAUCGCUGUUUCUUCUCAUGUCACAUUUUGGAUCUUAGCCUCGGUUUAGUUUCGAAAAGAAACCCAACUUUUUCUUCUUCUUGGAAUGUUGAGACAUCUUUGUAGCUUUGAGGACAUAAACAAUCUGCUUCAAGUCGAAUCCACCAAUGUUUCUUGAAAUCAAAGCUAUUGCUAAACAUAAA